CCACUUAGCAUCCGGGGCCAUCGCUCACUGCCGCCAGCACCGGCAGAUGGGAAGAAACAUCAGCGCGUUCUGUCUCAGAGCAGCAGAGCCACUCGGCCCAUGGAGUGGCCCCUCUGGGCCCGACAGGCAGCUACAUGGGGCUGCCCAGCCCCAGUGCAAGGCUGGGAAGGUCAGCCUGGGCCUCAGGCCAGCACGGUUCACCCUGCUGGCUGCACAGCGGCCCUGCCCACCUGGCAGUGUGGAGGCUACUACUGCGCGGCUCCUGUGCCGCAACUUCUGAUCCCGGAGGGACAAGCAGCCUGUGAGCAGGUGCUGGCUGGGCAGGCUGCGUGAACACCCUGACCACCCUGGCGCCUUCCCGGCCCCGCAUACUGGCCCCAUGGGCCCUCCAGGGGGCUGUGCAGCUUUCCCCUGUGGCUCCCUAAUGACGGAGCUUGGGGGGGGGGGUCACAGAAACACUAGAUGGGGCCAGGACAAAGACCCUGGCCUCCAGCCUGACAUUCUGGAACAUUCUGCCCAUAGACGCCCUGGGACCGGAUGGUCCCUCCCAGGGCAGGGUCUGGUGUGCGCCACCAGGGCUGCUCGUCCGACUUCACCAGGGCUCAGUGGACUGAGCACCGAGCACCCGGUCCUGGCCCUGCCUGGCAGUGCUGCAAGGGCCAGCCAGUUGCACAGCCCCACCCAGUGCUAGGGGUGGGUGCCCCCAAACCUGGCAGCCCCAGUUCAUUGAUUCUAAGCCUCGAGCACAAAACUGGGGGGCCAGCCACAGGACCACGGUGCUGAAGCGGACCCAGUGGCGAGCGCAAAGGGGCAGCAGCGGGGCAGGCAGGGUGGCUAGUGGCAAGCAGCUGUUUGCAAGUGGCAUGGUGGCUAUUUCCAGGUUUGGGCUGCACUGUAUUUGUUUAUUUAACUGAAGAGGAAGCUGCACUUUCUCACGGCUCAUUUCUUUCAAAACGGCGGUUCAGGCGCUGUCAGUGCUGACGUCACCGGCGUCUGCUGCUGCCCAGAGUGCAUCUGGACUCGGGCCACCAACACGUGCCCAGCCACUGGUCAGGGAGCUACCACCCGGCUUCAUAGCUGGAAUGCUAAAGCUGGAAGGGACCCUGAAUACGAGAACGCAGGCAGAACCCUGUUGAAAAUGUGUAUCUCCCAGACACUUCUCUGAAAGUCACCAUGACGCCGUUCAGCUCGCUGCCUGGUUCGUCUGCAGUUGCCUUGCAGGGAACAGGACACUGGCGGCCCUGGGCCCCCAGCAACUGGGGCUCCGGACAGGAGUGGCCUGUGUCCCUGGGCAGCACACACCCUGGCUCAGGGUGCUGGUGACGCGGCAACGAAAAGAUCACCCUGACCUCAGCCCUGCAGUCCCAGCAAACUAAGACGGUGGGAAGACGACACUGUGAGGAGCGCGAGGUCCACCGACACGUGGUGCGGCUCCGAACCGCAGGCCCGCGGGGACGUCUGGGGACGUCAGCCCCUCUCCUGGCCAGUGGUACAAUGCCGACCACCAGCAGGUGUCCUCGGGGGUGGCGUCCGGCGGUGGCGUGCGCCGGGGCUGCCCCGUGCAGAGAGCGGGACCGCCCUUUUGGAAGACAGGCCUGCAGGCUGAGGCGGGCCUCUCCGAGACCAGAGGCAGGUCUGGGAGGCUGCGUCCGGUGCAGACACACGUGUGAUUUCCUGAGCGCCCACCUUUGGCAUGGAGACGAGCCCCGGCCCCCACAACGACACCCCCACGGAGUUCAACCCGCCCCACGUGAUGGCCGCCCAGGUGCUGGCGAACCGGACGGGUGAGCUCCCGGUGCAGCAGCAGUACGCCGUGGGGCUCUUCUUGUCCUGCCUCUACACCAUCUUCCUCUUCCCCAUCGGCUUCGUGGGCAACAUCCUGAUCCUGGUGGUGAACAUCCGAUUCCGAGACAAGAUGACCGUCCCCGACCUGUACUUCAUCAACCUGGCGGCGGCAGACCUCAUCCUGGUGGCCGACUCCCUGAUCGAGGUGUUCAACCUGGACGAGCAGUACUACGACAUCGCCGUGCUGUGCACCUUCAUGUCCCUCUUCCUGCAGGUCAACAUGUACAGCAGCAUCUUCUUCCUCACCUGGAUGAGCUUCGACCGCUACCUUGCACUGGCCCGGGCUGUGCGCUGCGGCCCGUUCCGCACCAAGCAUCACGCCAGGCUGAGCUGCGGCCUCAUCUGGCUGGCCUCGGUCUCUGCCACCCUGCUGCCCUUCACCGCUGUGCACCUACAGCACACCGGCGACGUCUGCUUCUGCUUCGCGGACGUCAAGGAGGUGCAGUGGCUGGAAGUCACCUUGGGCUUCAUCAUCCCCUUUGCCAUCAUCGGCCUCUGCUACUCCCUCAUCGCUCGGGCACUUGUCCAGGCUCACCGGCACCGGGGCCUGCGCCCCCGGAGGCAGAAGGCCCUACGGAUGAUCGUGGCCGUGGUCCUCGUCUUCUUUGUCUGCUGGCUGCCUGAGAAUGUCUUCAUCAGCGUGCACCUCCUGCAGCGGACGCCGCCUGGGGCUUCGCCCUGCCAGCAGUCCUUCCGCCACGCCUACCCUCUCACCGGCCACAUCGUCAACCUUGCAGCAUUUUCCAACAGCUGCCUGAACCCCCUCAUCUACAGCUUCCUGGGAGAGACCUUUAGAGACAAGCUGAGGCUGUACAUCGAGCAGAAAACAAAUGUGUCGGCUCUGAAUCGUUUCUGUCACGCGGCCCUGAAGGCCUUCAUUCCAGACAGCCCCGAGCAGCCAGAGGUGAGAUUCAGCAGUGUGGCAUAGACCUGCGGUUCCAGCCGGCUCACAGCACUGCCCUGGGGCCAGGACUCAGCAGAGCACUGGCACAGACUUGCCUUCAAGCAUCCUGCUUGGGCUCUCGGCCCCCCACUGGCCGCCAACGCUGCUCCUGCACAGAGAUGUGCCCACCUACCCCACUCCCGACUGCAGGUCACAGGGUGACAGCUGGGACUGGGGACCAGUGUGGCCUGCAUGUCCUCCCUGCACUGCAUCAUGCAGAGUCACUGCUGAUGUGGGCUACCGAGAGCAAACAUGGAGGGGUGUUUUGGGUGCAGGGUCCCAGUUUCAAGGCAGAUGUGCCAUGGGUCUGCCACCCUGGGGAAAACGAGGGCUGGGGACUGGUCUGAACUAGACCCUGGAACUGCCUCCAUGCCCACAGUCCCAAACUUGUCACGCGUGAGCACCCCCAGUCAGCAGGCGGCCGCCUGGGCUGGGAAGGUGCCUCUCCAGGGGCAGGCCCAUGCCACCCCAUGUGGUACCCAGUAAGACAGUGCCUGUGUGCCAACGGUGUCUCUGCCCUGCAUGUGUGUGGAGCGGCACUGAUGGGCGGCUAGGUGGUACGGCAGGACACUCCCGCAUGCAUGGGGACGGUGGGAAUGACGAACACAUCGGCAGUUCUCAUUAACACGUAAACAUGUGACGGCUAACAGCUGCCAGCAGUAUUCAGCUUUUGUCAGUUCCGCAUGUGUGCUUGUUCUUCUAGACCCCACAAGGGUUCCUGAGCUGGCCGGGGUGGGGGCCUCCCCAGGCCUGGGCAGCAGAACCACUCCUUCCUCUCAAGCAAAAAGAGCCCCCGGGCCCUCCAGGCCCCCUGCAGCGAGCAUGCUCAAGGCCCAGCGUCAAACGCAGCCCCUGGACAAAGUGGCAUCCCUGGGUCUGACACCUGCUGCACCAGCUUCCGGCACGAAUGCUCCAGGUGCCCUUGCUUUUCCAGAAGGCUCCACCUGUCAGCAUCAGCCGCAGUGUUGCACUGGCUCAAAGCACUCACAGAGCAGCAGGCUCGGACUCCCUUUCCCACCUGAACGUGGCGGGGGUGCUCCUGCCCGGCCACGCCACUGCGGGCCACCUCCCAGCAGCUCCCCCAAAAUGGCCCAGUUUACCCAGGCAUGAGGGUCUCCGCACAGGCAGGGCUGCCCGUCCUGGAACAAGCCAUUUUCUGUUUCAGUGGUUCUGUGUGAACACAGGUCUCUGAGAGAGCAGGCGCCUGCCCCUUGCACACAUGUGCGCUCACCAGCCUGCAGCGGUGCUGUCUCCCUGGCUCACACCCUCCCACAGCCCCGUGGGCUGCAUGAGCACCCCGGCUCAUGUCCAAGCAGGAGCAUGGGGAGCCCCUCCUCAACAGCCCUCCUCCAGCUGGUGGCGGGGGACUUCCUGGGAAGAGUGCCCACACCCCCUUCCGGCCUCUCAGGCCCUCCUGGAGGGCAUGGGGUCACCCCCCUCUCUGAAAGAUGCUCCCUCUGCUCCACCCUCCACAGCUCUGCUGCAAGCACAUGCCUGUCAGAGCAGGUGGGGCCAUCGCACAGGGUGCGUGCUGGGCCCCAGUCCCCCACUGAGCGUGGGCGCAGACGGGCUCCGGCAUCGUGCGCCCAACCACACAAGGGGCUCGCCGCAUGCACUCCCCACUCCAAUGCAGCUCGAACAGGGGCAAUGAAGAUGCUGUACUGACAGCUGUGAUGGGGAGGGCCGGGGUGAUGAUGGCGUGCUGGAGGGUGAGGCCACGUCUGUGGCUGCUAGAACCCUGAGACAAUGAGGACGCAGCCCGAGCUGCCCUGUCUCUAGCUUCGAAGCCCGAGUGCUUUCCCCACGGCCUCCUCGACCCCUGGCACCAACAGAGGGGAGCGAACCGCAGAGAAGCUGGGCACUGUGGGCUCGGGCCCGGCCGCUCCGCAGGGCGCACCAGACCCACCGUGGGCGGUGCACAGCAGGUGCCUUCCAGGGCUCCUGGGGCCCCUCCUUGUGUCCAGCUGAGAUGUCCAUGCCCUUCCCCAAGCUGCAGCUGAGAAAGCUUCCCUUUGGGGUCCUGGGUCCACCUCAAACCCCACAGGACAAGUGUGUCCUUCUUGCCCUUGUAAGUCACCUCCUGUUUCUGAACUGCCUCCCCAGCAGGCACCUGC